AUGCCCAUAAUUGGAGCUUUCAUAUCCGAUUCUUAUCUUGGUCGAUUCCGAGUCAUAACUAUGGGAUCCAUCGCUAGCCUUCUUGGAAUUAUCAUUCUAUGGCUAACUGCUGCAAUCCCAAAUGCAAGACCUGAAAGCUGCACUCUCCCCUCACUAUCCCAAAUUGCUAUUCUCUUCACCUCUUUUGCAUUGAUGUCAAUUGGGGCAGGUGGGAUAAGGCCAUGCUCUCUAGCUUUCGGGGCCAAUCAAAUCGACAGAAGCGAAAACAACCCAAAGACACACAGUGUUCUUCAAACCUUCUUCAACUGGUACUAUGUAUCAGUUGCUUUGCCAUUGAUGACUGCAGUCACAGUGAUUGUUUACAUUCAAGAAGUGAAGGGAUGGGUAGUGUGUUUUGGCGUACCUGUGAUUCUCAUGGCAAUCUCUUCUCUGUUGUUUGUUAUUGGUUCUCGCAAUUAUGUGAAGCAAGAGGUACAGGGAAGUGUAUUCACAGGGCUGUUUCAAAUGGUUGUAGCAGCUAUCGAGAAAAAGCAUCAAGUUUUGCCACUUGAUAACUUGGAUUUGUAUUAUCAUAAAGGUUCCAAGCUUGCUACUCCGACACAAUACGUCAGCGUUGAACAAGUCGAAGACCUCAAGUCCCUCAUAAAAGUGUUCCCCAUCUGGUCCACUGGAAUCACCAUAGCCAUUACCCUUCACCAACACUUCCCAGUGCUCCAGGCCACUGCCAUGGACCGACACAUUGGUCCUAAUUUCGAAAUCCCAGCUGGCUCCUUCGGAGUUUUCAGCCACUUAGCCGUCACACUAUGGAUAAUCUUUUUAAAAUCCGGCCUUCUUGCAUUAACUGGUUCAAUGGUUGUCGCUGCAUUAGUCGAGGGAGCUCGUAGGAAGGGAGCCCUUCAGGUGCCCGAGGUGAAGAUGUCGGCAUUGUGGCUAGUCCCUCAGUAUUGGCUCGCGAGGAUCGCGGAGGCCCUAAGUGUAAUUGGGCCAGUAGGAGUUUGGGUGCCUAAGGACAUGGAUAUAAACAAGGGCCACUAUGACUAUUACUAUUGGGUUCUAGCACUUAUGUCCUUGCUUAAUUUCAUGUAUUUCUUGGCAUGUACUUGGUUGUAUAGGUAUAGGGGAAGUUGUUGA